CAAAAUCAAAACAAAGAUUUAUUCAUAUGUAGUUCAACAAUGUAGUUUAUUAACAAAAUAAAACUGCGUAAAUUAAAACAAUAAAUCAAAAGGUAAAAUGGCUAACAUUGCCGAAAAUCCAGUAGUGGUACUUCAUAAACUAACAGUAAAAAAAGGUUUUGUAUCUCCUCUUUACCAAAUAGUUAAUAGUAUUGAUGGAACUCACAACAAUCGAUAUGAUUACCUAGUGAAAGCAUGUGGAAGGGAAGCAAUGGGAACCGGCAGAUCAAAAAAAAUUAGCAAACAGGAGGCUGCAUAUAAUGCCUUAAAAUUAUUGGAAGAAGAAGGUAUUUAUGACCCAAAGGAACUACCUGUUGAAGAAGUCACUGUUUUGCAAAAAGAAAAUAAUUUAGAACAUGGUAGUUCCAGAAGUGCAAAUAUUAACUGUAUAGGUCCAUUGCAAAAGAUGUGUGAAGAAAAUAACAUUGAAAAUCCUGUCUUCAAAGAGAUAUCAGAUAUUGGACCACCACAUUCUAAGGAAUUUACCUAUGAAUGUUGCAUCGGUUCUACGAAAACAGUUGCCACUAGCAGAACAAAAAAGACCGCAAAACAAUUAGCUGCAAAACAAAUGAUAGAAAAGUUCGACGAUAUUCUACCGCAUUUAAUAUUAGAAGCCCCUAAGAAGGAUGACCAACAACCAUUGCCAUCUACAGAAAAAAAUCUUGAUAUCCUCGAACGCUACAAUAAGUUAAUGGCAUCAGUGGUAUCUAAUAAAAAGGCAAAAUUGAAGGAUUUUACAGAAAUUUUUCAUAAUCUGAUGCAAAAAUUUGAGAAAAGCAGUGACGUUUUCGAUCUGCGUGAACGUACAGAAGAAUCUCUAGUCAGAGCUUUAAACCAGAUUGAGCUAAAACAUGAUAUGUUGGUCAUACAAAAGGAAUCUCCAGUUAUUAUAGUUUUAUAUAUCAAUUGUGAUGUGUCAUUUGCUGUGAUGGGUCUGGGUACCACAGUAGAACAAGCAAAAGAAGAUGCACUAAAUGAGACAUUCACGCUGCUCGAGGACUUUAUUCAUCAAUAGUAUUCAGAUAGUUUAAGAAUAUAUAAUAAUGUAUGUAUCUAUAGUACUGUAGAUAGUUGGUUUUAUUUUUGUUUACUUGUUAAAUUGAG